AUAAAGAACCAUUUUUGAAAACACGUCUAAGUUAUUUAAAAGGAAUGCGACUCUCUGACUCGCACCUCAUCUCUUUCACUCGCGACUCUCUUACUUGUGACUCUCUCACUCUCGCACCUCAUCUCUCUCACUCGCGCCUUAUCUCUAUCACUGGGAGGAGCCCUAAGCCCCAAUCCCGUGAAGGGUCUGAAGCCCCGCAUCUAGUCCUCGAAUCCAAACCCCAUACACACUCUCUCUCUUUGCUGCAAACGAACCUUCUCCUGGGCAGCCUCUUCUUCUUGGGUCUUUAAAAUCCACCAUUUUCAAAAAAGAAGAGAGAAAACAAUGAGUAUUGAGUCUCUCUGUCUUCCCUGUAUAGCAAAGGAAUGGCGAACAUAGAUAUCGAAGGGAUCUUGAAGCAUCAGCCUGACGAUGGGCGCGUUCCGAAGAUGAAAAUAGUGUGUAGUUUGGGCUCUACUUCUCGAUCUGUGGAAAUGAUUGAGUAGCUUCUUAGGGAAGAGAUGAACGUUGCUCGUUUCAAUUUCUCUCAUGGCACCCACGACUAUCAUCAGGAAACCCUCAACAAUCUCAAGACUGCUAUGCACAACACUGGUAUACUCUGUGUUGUCAUGCUUGACACUAAGGUAGGUUUUCUCACUAAAUGCCUCAUGUAUGGUGAAUGGUGAUAAAUUUCUUAUUCAUUAAAUUAUAUCCUGGUGUUGUUGUUGAUCUCUACCCACACUUACUAAGAAGGAUAAGGAAUAUAUUCUUCAAUGCGGUGUACCAAGAUUGACAUGAUUGCUCUUUCAUUUGUUCGUAAAGGCUCAGAUGUUGUUAAUGUCCGCAAGGUUCUGGGGCCACAUGCAAAGAAUAUUCAUUUGAUGUCUAAGUGAUUGUUGGAGAGAUUGCUAAUUUUGUAGCCUACAUUUAUGCCUCUGCUGUGCUUUGAGCAUUAUUGUUAGGUAAAUAUUUAUUUCCAUUUUAUACUAUACUAAAUACUAUAGUUGUUUCCAUUUCAUGUUUUAGUCCCUAUACAGUUUCUUUGUGGUGAUUUUGUACUGCUACAAAGUCUUCUAUAUUAGUGAGAGGGACCAAAAUUUUGUCAGGCAUGCAUGUGCAGGGACUAAAACUUGUAAUUUUCUCGUAUAAAAACUAAAACUUAAAAAUGAGGACAACUAUAGGAACCACGUGAAUAGUUUAACCUUGUUAUUAAGGAGCUGAGAAUUGCUAUGGAUAUGGCAAUGCUGUCUUGGCACAUUUUCUCUUGAAGGAGAAGCUGCAGAAAAUGGGCAUGUUGGGGUGUCUUUUGUGCAUUGUUGGAUCAACUGUUAUUGUGCUGCAUGCACCUGAAGAGAAAUCUCUUAGUUCUGUACAAGAAAUAUGGGAAUUGGCCAUUCAACCUGCAUUCCUCUCAUACACUGCCUCAACAAUUGCCGUGACAUUGUUCUUGGUUUUGUAUUGUGCUCCCCGUUAUGGCCAGACUAAUAUUUUGGUUUAUACUGGAAUAUGCUCGAUAGUUGGGUCCUUGACAGUAUGUGGUCCCAGUGGUCGCUGGUAUCUGGCAGACAGUGGGUCUGUGCCUGGAGAUCUUUUACUUAUAAUAGGAAAGGCACUUACCCAUGCUACUGUUGGCCUAUGUCCUGCUGCAUCAUAUAGAGCUUCUCCUGAUUAUUUUUUGAGUCCUAAUGGUGGAGGAAGGUACUUUCUUGAGCUUUGUGACUGUAGGACUUCUCUUGCAUAUAGACUCAUGCCACAGGGCAAUGCUAUAUUAGAUUGUUCCCUAAUUGCAGCAGCUGGCCAUGUUAUUCCCCAAAGUUAUGUUCGAAUAUCUGUAAGCCAAUUUAUGGAUGACCUUGUUGUCGAAGAACUGAUAGGCAAUAGAUGGGUUUAUAAAAACAAUGGAUACCUUAUGGUCUCGUGCAAUGGAGGACUCAACCAAAUGAGAGUUGCGAUAUGUGACAUGGUGGCUAUUGCCAGAUAUUUCAAUGUCACACUUAUAGUUCCUGAACUGGAUAAAACAUCCUUUUGGGCUGAUCCCAGUGACUUUCAAGACAUAUUUGAUGUGGAUCAUUUUAUCGCGUCCUUUAGAGAUGAAGUGCGGAUAUUGAAAGAGUUGCCUCCCAGACUCAACAUGAAAGUGGAGCGCGGGUUUCUUUACACCAUGCCACCUAUUAGUUGUCUGAUAUCUUACUAUAAGGACCAGAGUGAUCGUAUAGAAAAGGUGGAGCAAGUGGUGAGAAUCAAACAGAAGCAAGAAGAAGACAAAGCAUCAGUCAAACUUCAUUCAUUUGAGUUGGUGAAAAAGAGGCUAAGUUUUGAAUUGCAAAAAGUAGUAGUUGGGCUAAGCACAUAUCCACCGCUAAGCACAGCUUCAGCGAGCUUAGCACAAAAGAGAAUCUGGCAGAGCAUCAGCAUCAAAGCCGCGUGCUAAGCGCGAGAUCAGUGCGCUAUGCGAAACAGGUGCCUUCAGCCAGGCUAAGCGUGAGAUUGACGCUAAGCUCAAUUCCACUUACCCGCGCUAAGCGCGAAGGUGGCGCUAAGCGCAGCGUCGCGAUUUCAGAGCCUAUUCAAAGCCUGUCUUGUACAGAAUUAGGGUACACCUUUUACAACACCUUUUAUGAAAACUUCUACACACUCGUACAGAACGGCCAGGGCACAGAAUUCCAGAGCAGCCACAGGCCUAUUUGGGGAAAAUAGCCCUAAAAGCAGAAAAAAGGGAGAAUCUUGUGCAUUGAAGCCUAGGUUUUGUCAUUUGAGAGAGAUUAUUGAGUAGAGAGUGAGUGUGAGAUGCUGAGAAGAGGAGGAGGAAUCCCCCUUCUUGUGUAAGAAACUAUCAUUCUCUGCUUUUAAU